GUACGGCGAAAGGCUCAUAUACGACUCUGGUUUGGGGAGAAAUGCUGUUGGGGGCCAUCACCAAUGGUGCGGAAUGGGAUUGGCCCACUGCUCCAUCCAUGGAAUGGAUGGAGGUGAAGAAUGCCACUCCAGGUGACUUCAAACCUAAUCCUAUGAGAGAUAACUUUUUACAAUGGGGAGGAGACCCAAGUGGCAGGUUUUCUGUGAAAAGUGCAUGGGAAAGUAUUCGGUCUAGUUCAUUCAGUAAGGGAUUUCUCCUCAAAGUUUUGUAA